AAAUACAUGUAAUUGUUGUAGUAGUAUUUGAUGCACAACACCUUUUCUACCUUUGCUUCCCAAGUUGCGUGAAUGCUUUGUUCAGUACUUUGCGGUGCGUCUCAUGAGUAACAAGCAAAGCAUGUGGGCUGCUCUGUCAUUCGUUUUUUGAUACAUUUUUAUUUAUUCGGUUUCCUUAAUAAGUUUCCUUAACCUUUGUGAAAUUUCGAUUUGGUGAUUUAUUUAGAUACUGCGGAGUGGAAGAAGUUACGAUUUUUCACUAUAAAAGUUUUGUAAUAUUAGAAAUUGUAAAACAUUUCAUUGAACUGUGUUGAACAAUGCUAUUUCAAAAUAUAAACAACUUUUGCAAAUCCUAACCUAACCUACACGUACGACCCAGUAGUGAAUCAUUUCUAAGAAAUAAAUACUCGGAACUCGAUUAACUACUUAAUACCUAAUUUUUCUAAUAUGGUUUAGAUAAUUAAGAAACUCUAAGAAUAAAAUUUGGUGAUUUUUUUUGAUUAAGUGAACAGUUAAGGAAUUUUUGCAUGUGCAUAUUUACAAUCUUGCAUGCCCUAACUGAGCACCAGUUAAGGUUGGAAGCGUCCAGUAAUACAGAUACAUAUUGCAGUACAGUAAAGGAUUUAAUUGAUGCUGUUUGCGUGAAUUUAGCAUUGCAUUGGUAACUCUGAUUGUAAGUGGUGAUAAAGGACAAUGUUUUGACCUCAUUGUCUUAACACAAGUUAAUACGCAAGAAAAAUUCAAGAUAUUUACUUACUUAUUUGCGUGUAUGCAAGGUUUUGGAAGCUGGCUCGAGUAUUAUAUAUUUUAAGAAUGGGUCCACCAUAAGAAGAAAUUCAGUCGGAAUGACUACUCUUCUUCAUCCCCAGAAAUGGACAAGUAUCGCAAGAUAAUCGCGAGAGACAGCAGUGUUUCCGCUACGAAUAUUCACAAGAGAAUAAUGUCUUGGUCUUUGAGACGACCAACAAUGAGAAGCCACAUCACAACCACCACCACCAAUACGACCACUGACCAGUAUGAUGAUUACUCCAAUUAUUGUAGAAAUGCAGUGCCAUGCCGUCCACCAGGAGAGGAAAGUGUGUCCAAUCGAGAUUGUUUAAUGGGUCAACAAAGCCCAACCUCAACCUCGUCGUCAAUUAGAGGGGAAAGAUUGCGACAUGCAAAAUCAGACUCAGAUGCCAUACAAAUCCCACGUCAAACCAAUUUAAGUUCGCACCAGCGCAAAUAUAACAGAACAAUAAUACAAAAGUUGAGGUUGAGUCGUCCAACUGUUUUUUUACCCCCAUUGUUACUCUUUAUUAUAGCUCAAAUUACUCUAGUGAAUGCAAAUAUUCUUCCGCAAUUCUUGUUGAGUGAUGGACAAAGUGAAAUUGUGUUGAGACUUAAGGAAGGCCCUGCGUCGCCGGUGGGUAGUCUGAUUUACACCUUGAAAGGGAUCGACCGUGACGGGGAUCCUUUGACGUUCGGGCUCAAGGGGCAAAUUGCGAAUGAGAUUUUAAGGAUUGAAAAUAGAGGGCGAGACACGGCAAACCUCUAUCUGAAGAAGGAGUUGGAUCGGGAGGUUGAGGACGAAUACAUGAUCAUUUUAACACUUAAUGACGGAAAAUUGGCGGAACCAGUACAACAAUCGUUGCUGCUGUUGGUGGAAGACACGAAUGAUGAACGCCCCGUAUUCAAACCGUAUCAAAGCACAGUUAAGGUUACCGAAAAUGGAAAAGUUCCCCAAAUUAUCACCACAUUGGAAGCAAAUGACCGUGAUGAAGGUCCCUACGGACAAGUGAUUUACAAGCUUCAAUUGGAAGAUGGGGAUGAAGGUUUCUUUACUCUGAACACUGUGAAUGGACAAGCCGUCGUGAAGCUGGUUAAACCGUUGGACUACGAAAGAAAGUUUCUGCACCAGAUCAAAGUCUUGGCGAUGGACAGGGCGGAAACCGAGGCUCAGAUAAAUCAGGCCAUAGCAUCAAUUGUAGUGCAGGUUCAGGAUUUAGAGGAUACAGGUCCCACAUUUAUCGCCGUCCCACCCGUCACAAAGAUUAGGGAGGACGUUCCUGUCAAUUCUUUUGUAUUGCAAGUUCGCGCAAUUGAUGGAGAUCGUGGGAUUAAUAACGCCAUAAAAUACAGCUUGGUUAACGACAAUGAAAAAGUUUUUGAAAUCGAUUCGGAUUCUGGAAUUGUAUAUACGAAGGAACCCCUGGAUCGAGAAAAUGCUCGGGGAGGUUCCUACGUACUUAACAUUGUGGCCACCGAACAAAGCAAAAUCAGUCCAAAGCCGUCCGUGGAGACAACAUUGGUUGUUAAUUUAUUAGACAUCGAUGACGAAAGACCACGCUUCAAAAGCACGUCGUAUCUGGCUGAAAUUACGGAAAAUAGCCAGGAAGGAGUCCCCGUCACAUUUCUUGCGAAAGGAAUUCCGGAAGUUUUCGAUCACGACUUGGGCCUGAACGGGACCUUUCGCCUGAAGACUGACGGCGACGGGGGCAUAUUCGAGGUGACCCCAUCAGAGGGGAUAAACCAUGUCUCAUUUCUUAUUCGGGUGAAAAAUCCGGCACGUCUGGACUACGAGAAAAUGAAGGAAAUCAACUUCACCAUAAUCGCGGAGGACAUGACGGGUGACAAAUUCUCAAAAGUUCCAAUAUCCGUCGCCGUACUGGACGCGAACGAUAAUAUUCCCGAAUUCGAAAAAGAACAGUAUGAAGUGCUCAUUAAUGAAAACUCUCCCCCGGGAACGGUCAUCGUCCGAGUUAACGCCACGGACCCUGACUCUGGAAAUUUUGGGACGCGUGGUAUCCGCUACACCUCCAUUACGGGAUCCAUUGCUAAUGAAUUGAGCUUGGAUCCAGUUUCUGGUCUAAUCACAAUUAAGGCAACAAAUAAAACGAGUCUGGAUCGUGAACUGGCCACAGUUUAUUACCUCAGUGUGGAAGCUCAGGAUAACAAAGGAAGAGGAAACAGAAAAAAUGUACAGAUUAUUAUCAAUUUAAAAGAUGAGAACGAUGAGUCGCCAGUAUUUCUUCAGUCGAGAUAUGAAGCGAGAAUUUUUGAGAAUGAGAUGGAGUUUGUGUCUCCGGUACGAUUCCAAGCGAGAGAUAACGACUUAAAAGAUACUCCAAACAGCGAGGUACAUUACACGAUCAUUGCUGGGAAUGAGGAAGGCUGGCUGGAGGUGGAUGAUCUCUCUGGAAAACUGAAAGUCGUGAAACCUUUCGAUUUUGAAAAACUUUCCACGUCCCCAAUUUCGCCAUUGUCGAAUGUUAAACAUUUGAACUUCACGAUCCGGGCGCAUGACAGCGGAAUUCCAUCCCGUUUUGCAUUAAGUUUCCUCACUCUUUUCGUCUUUGACACGAAUGACUUUUCGCCAAGAUUCACCCGAACUCACAUGUCUCGAAUAAUUCGGGAAGAUUUUGUCGGUGGAAGUCAAAUUGCGAAAGUUGAGUCGUCCGAUCUCGAUGGAAGCUCACCAUUCAACCGAGUAUUUUACCGAAUUGAGACCGGAGGUCAGGAUAAAUUUGUGAUAGAGUCGGAAACUGGCGUUCUGAGACUGACUCCGGGAGCACAAUUGGACUACAACAUAAAGCCGAAUCACAUCUUAGAAAUCAUUGCACAGGAUGGGGGCGGACGACAAAGUGAAGCUCCGUGCGUGAUCAACAUAACUCUGAAAGAUAUCAACAAUAAGAAACCAAAGUUUGAAUUUAACGCUGUCGAAGAGGAGUCAAACGCUGGUGGUGGAAGCAAUGGGGUCUAUUUCACCAAAGUGGCUGAAAACAGUCCCAAGGGUCACUUUAUCAUGCAGGUGAAAGCGUCGGAUCCCGACACUUCUGCCGUGCUCCGAUAUAACAUCGACUUCAACAAGUCUGACGCAAGAAAUGAAGACGGAAGAGUCCUCCUCACGAAUACGAAGACCAAACCGGGCAGCAAAUUGAGGGGGGUCGACUUAUCCAAACUCUUUAUUCUGGAUCCUACCGAAGGGAUUCUCAGCGUGGGGGGUGGACUUGACCGAGAAUUAAUGGAAACCGUGCGACUUUACGUGGUCGUGCAGGACAUUGGUUCUGAAACUGGAGAACAAAAAGCAUCCGCGAGAAUUGAAGUGACAAUUUUAGACGAGAAUGACUCCGAUCCCAAGUUCCGAAUGAACCCGUACAUGGCUUCCGUGCCGGAAAAUGCGGAAAAGGGGACCAAGAUAAUUACGGUGAUUGCUGAUGAUCCGGAUAAAGAUCGGGUGAUACGGUACUCUAUUGUAUCGGGGAAAGAGAUUGGAAAAAAUCAAAAAUUUCCAUUGGCAAUUGACCCUGAGACUGGCGUUAUUGAGCUCGUGGAUCGGGUAGAUCGGGAGUUGACAGAUUGGAUUAAUUUUACCGUUUUGGCUGAAGAUUCGGGAACAAAUCCAAAAAAUCGACAUUCAUCCGUACCCGUGUUUUUACGAGUGAUCGACCAAAAUGACAAUGCCCCCAUGUUUGUCGACAAUUUGACAAAUAUCACGGUUCCAGAGGAUGCACAAGUUGGGUCGAUAAUAGCCAAAGUGGUCGCAAAAGAUAUGGACUCUGGAAAUUAUGGGAAAAUCACGUAUCUAUUGGAUCGCAAAUCCAGCAUGGGGAAAUUCACGAUUGACUCUGAAACUGGAGCGAUUCGAGUAGCGGAACCUUUAGACCGAGAAGAGAAGUCCAGCUACACCCUCGUAAUCCAAGCUUGGGACAACUUCCAGUUCGGCUAUGCUUCCGGAGAAAGUAGAAACGCCUUCAAACAACUGAAUCUCGCAGUGUCCGAUAUCAACGAUUCGCCACCAGAAUUCUUGGAUGAAGAUGUGCAAAGUGCGACGGGAAAAUCUUUAAGAAGUGGGCCCACGUGCGCAUCAGUCACAGAAUUCCAUGAAGAACUCAUCUUAACAAUACGAGCGAAAGACCGUGACGAUGAAACAACCGCUAACGGAAAAGUAACCUUUAAAAUCAAAUCAGGAAAUGAGUUGGGCCUAUUUAAACUGCAGUUGGGAAAAAAUAUUGCAAAAGUGCUGCCUGCCAGGUCGUUAAAAGGGUUUUAUGGAAAUUAUACUUUGACGAUUGAAGCACAGGAUGGUGGAAGACCUCCGAAUGUUGCCACGAAGGAAUUCAAUUUGUGUGUCUUAGACUAUAACGACAAUAAACCAAGAUUUAUCAACCCAGCGCAAAACUUUACAAUUAAAGUGCCAGAGAAUGCAACCGUGGGCUCUUCGAUUAUUCAAGUGAGAGCUGUGGAUUCAGAUAUCGGAGACAAUGGGAUUGUGAGGUACCGAUUUCGCCAAGAGUUUUCCCGACACUCGGAAACUUUUCAUAUUAAUCCAACAACUGGAGUGCUAACUUUGGCCAAAUUGUUGGAUCGGGAACGGCAGAAAGUUUAUUACCUAAGAAUCGAAGCCUACGAUCUGGGUCAACCCACACCGUUAUCAUCGGAACUAGACUUGACAAUUGUGGUGAAAAAUGUGGAUGAUUUCAAGCCGGCCUUUGUAAAAAAUGAGUUCAUUGCACAAUUGACAGAAAACAUAUCUCCGGGAAGAGAACGAAUCCAACUGCCUGGCACGAUUGACCGAGACGAUGAAGACGACGAAGAAAAGAAAACGUCUCAAGUUUGCUAUUUUAUCCUUUCUGAUUCCAAAAACUCGACAGAAUUGUUCGAAGUUGACGCUCUUUCGCACGUUUUAACUACCAAAGUACGACUGGACCGUGAAAAGCAACCCAUGCAUAAUUUUACCAUUUUGGCAACCGAUAACUGUCAUCAGGACAUAAAGCGGCUACACUUGCAAGUUUUUGAUAAGGGAUCAUUGUUAAGCGUGCAAAUCGAAGUGGCCGACGUGAAUGAUAACAUGCCCAUUUUUACUCAGCGAACUUUCACCGGAGGUGUAUCAACGAGUAGUGAUUACGGAACAGAAAUUUUAACUUUCUCCGCAACGGAUGCAGACACCCCACCCAACGCGAAACUCACAUACUUUAUCAUUCAUCCGAUUACAAUGUCGUUAUCCGAGGGAUUAUCCCAUCUGAUAAACAAUGACAAUCCACUCUUUUCCAUCGACCCAAACAGUGGCAUCCUUAGCUUAGCUUUUGACCCUCAGCCAGACAUGAAGGGCCACUUCAGUCUCAAUGUGGGGGUAAAUGAUACCACUGACCUGAGUGAUAAAGCCAAUGCGCUCGUUUAUCUGCUACGCGAUGAUCAAAAAGUGAAAAUAACCGUGAGAAUGAGUCCGAUCGAAGUUAGAUCUGAAAUUUCGAUAUUUAAGCAGUCAUUGUCCAAUGUGACGGGUGCCAUUGUUAACGCCGACGCGAGUUUCAAGUACCACGAAAAUCGUGACGGUUCCGUGGACAAGACCAAGACGGAUUUUUACAUCCACCUGGUCCACCCCGACCAAAACAUAGUUUUAGAAGCGGACGAAGUGUUGAAACUAAUCGACCUCAACAUUGAAGAAUUGGACGACCUGUUCAAAGAGUUUAACGUCCUUGACACGCAGAAAUCCACAUUCACCGUGGGGGCGACCUUCGCCACGAAGGGGCGAGAAGAGACCAAGAAUCUCUUUCUCGUCUACGCAAUCGGAACAGCAUUGUUCUUGGCGUUGCUCCUUCUGGUCGUCAUCUCCAUUUGCUUUGCUCAAAGGUCAAAGUACCAACGGCAGCUGAAGGCCGCCACCACAAAUGCAUACGGAUCUAGUGCAUCAAUAAUUCCUAGAACUGGGAACGUGCCGAAUACCAACGUGCACAGCGUCGAGGGUUCGAACCCUAUUUGGAUGCAAGCUUAUCACAACAACUGGUACAAAGAAGACUCGAUCAGGUAUGAAGCUUCGGACACGAGGGAUUCUUUGGAUGAAAACGCGAUCGGAACGGAGUCCACUUCUCCGCCCUCUUCGCACAUGAGGAGUUUUCUGGGGACGGGGAGCGGGGGGAGUGGAUCCGGGGGUGGCGGGUCGGAUAAGGAACUUUGUCGCAGGAACGACCUCAACCGAACGUACCAUCGCAAUCUCAUUUACGGAAAUCGAAUCGAAUCCGCCGCAAGUGGGAAUUGCCUCAUUUUGAAGAAGCAUUUAGAAACGACUGAGUUGUAAUUUUUGAAAAUAUUUUACAACGGGAAAAUUACCACUAUUUUUAUUAGCCAUUUUAUUAUUCAAAGACAAAUUAAAUUAAGUCAAUAAGUUAACUUUAAUUUAAGCUUUAGUAUAUAAAUAUGUAUGUGUGUGUAUCUACUAACUAUGAAUAUUUUGUAUAUGUACAUGUACACGGGACAAGUCAGUUUAUAGUGGCAAAGUUUUCCAAGCUAGAACAUGUAAAAUAUUUAGUGUAUUGGAAAAUUUUGGAGUAAUUUGAAAAUUGAAUAAAAUGUGCGUAUUAAAUA